GCCACACACGUCAGCAUUAUCGCUCAUUAAAACGCACUCAAACGACCAGAUAACUCAUUCUAGUGAUAACAAAACAAAAAACCAUGUUGAGAAAACUAGUGCUGUUCACGUGCUUGGCGUUCUCGCAAAUCGAAUGUUCGGGCCUCCAAGGUGGCCAAGUCGCCGUGGAAUUCGUUAGAAGAUCGCUGGAUAUCCAGUACGAUUUGGCUGCUGAAGUGAAAAGGGCCGUGAAGGAGCCGAUUUACGUGUUCGACGCGUCGGGAACGUUCAAAGACGCCCGGCCGAUCAUCGUGGGACACACGAGAGUAUUGAAAACUGACGAUGGAAAAUUCGGGGUUUUGUCGGAAUCGGCGCAAUUCGCGUUCGCAGGCGUCAAGGAUUAUUUGCAAUUCACCAACAGGACCUUCGACUCGGAUAGCACGGGCUUGUAUAUGUAGAAUAAAUUAAAACCGUUUUUUAAUAAAUAUAACAAUGGCUA